ACUGUCUUGAAAAACUAGCUAGGAUUUAUUACUGGCACGUCUCUGAACCGGUGGUGACCACAGCAGCAGACAACAUGAUCCUCUGAGCAGGGUUGGUCGUUUUUUUUUUUUUUUGUUUUUUUUUUAAAUAGGCGUUCGUUUAAGGAUAAAGUGCAGACCUUUUAUUCUGAUUUUGACAAUGUUGUCCAGGCUCUUUGCAAGUGUAAAUAAGUUUCCCUCUCUGGGCUGGAAAUACUGGCGAUAAAACAAGUUUUUUUUCACACCUCUUGAAGUCACUUAGGACAUGAUGAAUAAUCAUACGGUGACAGGGAGGACCAUGGUCCCCACCAUCCCGUCUAUUAUGUUCAUUUUCGGUGUGGUUGGGAACGUCAUUGCCAUAGUGGUUCUUUGUAAAUCUCGCAAAGAACAGAAAGAAACCACGUUUUACACGCUGGUGUGUGGUCUGGCUGUCACGGACCUGCUGGGCACACUGCUGGCCAGUCCGGUCACCAUUGCCAUUUAUGUGAAAGGAUCAUGGCCCGGAGAGGACCCGCUGUGCCAGUACUUUGGAUUCACCAUGCUUUUCUUCUCUCUGGCGGGGCUCAGUAUCAUCUGUGCCAUGUCAGUGGAGAGGUACAUCGCCAUAAACCAUGCUUACUUCUACAAUGACUAUGUGGACCAGAAACUAGCGGGUUUGACUCUACUGGCGAUCUACGUCUCCAACGCGCUCUUCUGCGCCCUGCCCAUCGUCGGCUUCGGACAGGUGAAGAAACAAUACCCGCAAACGUGGUGCUUCUUAGAAUGGAGGAGCAACAAGACCAGCGACGCAGCAUACUCCUACAUGUAUGCAGGUUUCAGCUCUCUCCUUACUCUCAUCACUGUCAUCUGUAACGUUCUGGUGUGUGGGGCUUUGAUCCGGAUGCACCGGCGUUACGUGCGCAGAACAUCGCUGGGAACCGACCUGGGGCGCAACGAGGACCCGCGGAGGAGAGGACGCAGCUUCGGACGCCUGGCCGGUGCAGAGAUUCAGAUGGUCAUUUUGCUUAUAGGCACGUCAGCAGUUGUGCUUAUCUGCUCCAUCCCACUUGUUGCUCAGGUGUUUUUGAACCAGCUGUAUAAGACUCCAGUGGAGCUGCGGUUGGAAAAAAACCCCGAUCUACGAGCGAUACGCUUCGCCUCCUUCAACCCAAUCCUUGACCCCUGGAUCUACAUCCUCCUCCGCAAGGCUGUUCUGCUCAAGCUCAUCGAGAAAAUCAAGUGCUUAUUUUGCAAGAUGGGAGCACGAGGACAACAGGGACAGAGAAACUUCCCCUGUAUAGACGCUCAGCAACUUCCCUCGGUCAUCUCAAACCGGGACUCACACUCUCUUGUUUCCCACGAUCUGCGAGACGCAUCCAGCACCUCCCAGACCUUCCUCUACCUGCCAGAGGGAAGUGAGGUAUACGCUGGAAGCUGUCAAGAAGCAAACAGAUUGUCUGGGUCAAGACCUUCAUCAGUAAGAAACUCUCAUACUUCUUAUUCAUCUGAGCAUGGGAGUGUUGAGACUGACAAUAGAGAAAAAACUAAUGUAAUCAGGGACCUUUCAGCCCUGCAAUGCCCAAAAGAUCCAGCCCUUCAGGUGUCAUUGACCAAUGACACAGAGGAGGAGAAAUGCAUCUAACUGAACUCUGAUUGAGAGAAAGUUCUCAGUUCAGUCUGAGCUUGAUCAUCUACUGACUGACUUCUUUAAAAGUGAACAUUUUAAACCUCAGAAAAAUAGAGGGAGGCGCAUUAAAAUAAUGAAGUCUGAACUUGAAGCUUCACCGUCCUGUGUUCUGUUUCAGCACCCAGCUACCUCAACUGAUGACUAAAUCUAACUAUGUGGGCACAUUUAAGCAUUUUGUCUCACUCCCAUUCUUUGUGAUUCAAGCGUUGCAGACAGAAAAGCUAUCCUUCCAUAGUUCGGCCACUUUGUUCAGUCAUUGUGGAAAUAGUGUGAAAUUUGAUUCACAAGGGUAUGGGCAAUAUGGUAAAUGAAUACAGUGGUGAAAGUGAUCCAUGAGUAAUCCCUGGAAUUUGUAACUCUCAUUGUAAGAACUGAAUCACUUAUAAACUCCUUAUGAGCUAGGUCCAUGACUAAUGCAUAGUGCAGUAUAAUCGUGUGGUGAACACUUAGUUGUUGUUUCCCUCUUUGGAUUACACGCAAAUUUGUCAUCUCAGAAAAGUUUUCCUUUUUAUAAGAAGCGUGCAAAUACUCCUGCGCCACAGUCAUUCAGUGAAAACUGUUUCAAUCUGACUGGGGCUGCUUUCUGUAGCUGCAGAAAAUAUGUUGUAAAGCAGUAGACACAUGUCGCUAAAUGUUCUGAUAAUGGAUAAUAAGUUAUUUCAACACACUUGUAGGCUUCAGAAAAAAUUAUAUUGUAAAUGAUAAAUGUUUUAUAAAUUAUUAUUUGCAAUACGUAAGUCUUCUCUAAGAGAAGAUUCUAGAUAUAAAAAUCACAACUUUAAGGAUUGUCCAUCCUCACUCAGUAUUUCUGCACUUUUUUCAUUAUAGGAGUUUUAUGAAGCUCGUCAAUCUUCCAGUACUUACAUCCUGAAGAUCUGGACUCAAAUCAGUGUGGCACAUAUUUUUUUAUUCAGGGCUGCAAUCCUAAAUCAUUAUUUUACUAGUAGGUAUUCUGACCAUAAUUCUCACCUCAUCCACUUGCUGAUAAUUCAAAUUGUAAUUAAAAAAAGGUAAACUGAUGCAUUGAAACACAUAUAAUUACAAAUAAGUCAAAGUUGGUAUCAGCUAGUUCAGCCUUUUUGCUAAAGAUGAAUGUUUGUUCAAAUGCUGUUAUUUUGUCAAACAUGUCCUGAUUGUUCAUGUUAUCCUCACUGAGAUCAGUUAAUGCUUUCCUUUUCUGUGCUGCAGUUUUCUAUUUUCACAAUUCUCCUUUUCAGCAUCUGUCAAUUGCAAUCUUGACUUCAAACUGAACUUUUGAACUAGUGUUUUUUUUCCCCUCUGACUUUCCACUUAAACACAAAUUAUUUCUUCAUUCCAGCAGCUAUUUUGAAGCACCGUCUACCUCCCUCUCCCUUUUAUUACAUCAACUCCAGAUUGUUGCUUAAUGCUUUUACAUACUUGCCUUUUCUUGUUUUUCUUGUCGCUGUUCAUUUUUAGAAACGCUUUUUUGUGUGCAUACUUGCUGAGAAUAACGCACCUCAUUAGUACUCAGUGUAAUGAAAUUUGCUUGAAGGUACACUUUGCCCCCCCCCACCCAAAAAAAGAGGCCACUUCAACGAGGUCUUAUAAUUUAUCUUUCAAUCAUAAUGCACUUUGUUUUUCAUUUUGUUCAUACUGUAAUGUAGAGUUAAAUCUGGGGAUUUUAUUUGAACAGUUUUGUUGUUGUUGUUAAGUCACAUGUAAACACAGUGUGUGUGUGUGUGUGUGUGUGUGUGUGUGUGUAGAAAAAUAAUAACUGAGACACGCGUGUGUAAAAGUGUUCAGUUUAUAAUGCAGCUGUAAUUUAAUGCUCCCACUAUUAUUUCAGAACAAGCAAGGCCUUUGAAAGGUCAUCAUAUGUUGUCAUCAUAAAG